UACAAACUCGUAAAACGUGUAACAACAAUAAGAUUCAUAACCUUGGUUAAUUGCCCGGACAUUAUCGUCGUCGGCGUCGUCGUCAACAUGUCUACUCGAAGGCCCAAUAGUAGGAGUUGGAACCGGAGAAGUGGAAGUGCCGGAAAUGCACUGCUGACAGUUUUGCUGCUCCAGUUGGCCACCAGCAUCGGAAGCAGUCUGGCCAUGACCAACAGCGUGUUCAAAGCGUUUAGCAAAGAUCAAACGGUCACAUCCAGCACCCUGGCCUGGGAGAAAUUCAACGGGGAGAAGCUGCAGCUGCAGAACGCCGUGAAACUGUAUGACCCUGUCGAACAUCCCCGGUAUCGGGAGCUGGUGGAAAGUGAUCAGCUGGCCCACACACCGUUCGUGUGCCGGAUACAGAUCGAGGGUAUCUUCUGCGUCGGGCAGACGCACAUGGAAGACACCUCGACCAUUUGCACCGCAUCGCUCCAAUCGGACAUUCGCCGGCAUCGGAUGUUCGAAAUCCUGAUCAAUCGGGGCAACGGCGGCAAGCUGAAGUGGCAAUCGUGGAACAAAUACCGGACGGAGAAAUUCCUAGGAGCUGUGAGCGCCAGCAAUGGAAAGGUUGACGAUUACUACGUCGCUCGGUACAAGCUGGAUCAUCACAGCCACCAUCAUCCGUACAUUGUGGGCAAUUACGACCCGCUGGAAAAGCUGGGCGGUCGAAUUUUCGCUCCCCUGCCAGGAGUUCCCGAUUCGGUGGAGCACGAACGUGGCGAUAUUCUGGUGGAAAUCGAACCGGUCCAGUACGAGCUGAGGGAUAUUAAGCUGAACAAAUUGCGUACCGUUAUCCGGAAAAAUACUACCAUUCUAGGAGCCACCGUUUUGUCGAACGAUGAGGACAUUACGAACCAAGCGGAAACGGUCAUCACGUACGAUUACGCCAAGGUUAGCUACUACGGGCGCCAAGAGAGUGUUGUCAAUGGGGUUCAGACUAAGGUCAUUGAUCCGCGGACCCAGCAGCCGGUUGAUAUGUACUGGGGCGUGGAGCUGACCGAGAGGAAGUUUGAGACGAAAGCCAUCAAUACGAUUCUGCAGCCGGGCACGGCCAUCAAUGUGACUUUGUUGGGUAAUUACACCGAAAUGGAGGCACCCUACCAUGCGCUGCUGAAGGCGUACUACAACGAUAACAGUGAUCCGGUGCCGAGGAAACUGAAUGGAUACGGAAUACCCCCCGUUAGUUGUAUUCGGCUGGCCCCAACACAUUUUACUGCCCCAUCCAGCACUUCAGCCAUUGAGCAACCGAAGCAGAAAAACAUCAAUGCAGUCACACAGAUCAGUCCGUCCGAGGAACAGGUUUCUUUCCUCAACUAUCGCGGUAGCACCUUAUUCAUGCAACAGUUCUCGGUUUAG